AUCAAGAGGACAUGCAGUACACAGACCUCAGACCCAAGAUGAUGGUGAUGUUGUGGAUUACAGUGAUGCUUUUUAAUAAAACUGAUUCUGCACAAAAGAACAUUGUCCACCAGCCGAAACUGGUGAUCACUGCUACUGCUGGUGAUAACGUGACUCUACAUUGCUUUCUGUUGGGAGAAGAAAACAUUGAUCCCAUGGUUUGGUACAAGCAAGCAGGAGGACACGAGCCUUCUCUAUUGGCCGUGAUACAGAAAGGUCAGGAUCCCAUUUACAAAGAUGAAUUAAAUUCUCCACGGUUCAGAAUCGAGAGAGGAAGCAAGAGCUGUCACUUGAGAAUAAUUAAUGUGAAACUGUCAGAUGAGGCCAUGUAUUACUGUGGCUUAGGUACAUUUUUACCAACAUUUGCAAAAGGAACUUUUUUGUCAGUGAAAGAUAAACCCGAGUUAAAAGUGUCAGUGUUGCAGAGCAGCGUGUUGGACUCGGUUCCUGCAGGAGCCUCAGUGACUCUGCAGUGCUCGGUUCUCUCUGAGAGCAGAGCAGCAGAUCUCCAAGUGCUCUGGUUCAGAGCUGCUCCACCACAAUCCCAUCCUCAAAUCAUUUACACUCAUCACAACAGCAGCCAUCAGUGUGAGAGCGGCUCUUCUACACACACCUGUGUGUACAACUUCUCCAAGAACAUCAGCCACAAUGAUACUGGCACUUACUACUGCGCUGUGGCCGUGUGUGGGAAGAUCAUUUUUGGGAACGGGACACGAGUACAACAGGAGAAUUGUGCAACAGCUUUUAAUCCUGUAGUGAUCUGUCUGGGAACAGCGUUGGUAAUGUGCGGGAUUCUGAUCUCUGCUCAAGCUGUUUUACUCUGUAAAAGCAAAAACUGUCAGCAAUACAGAGAGAGAUUUCAGCAUGGUGCUGUGACAAACACUGAGAAGACGAACGCUCAGAACCAGGAUGCUGUGGAGCUGAAUUACGCUGCCUUACAUUUUAAUGAAAAGAAAAGAGCGAGAGAAAAUCGAGGUCGAUCUCAAGGCAGUGUAUACUCUGAAGUGAAAUCUUCCACCAUUACUCACUUAAAUAGUCUUUAAUAUUAUUCUCUGAAAUUGUUAGUAUUUUUGAUCUGCUUUAAUGUUUCUGUUCACGAGCAGACUGUGGGGAAUCAUCUGAUUUUUUUUUUACUCAUUGAUAUUAAAUAGAAAGGUGGCUCUAUUGUUCUUUGGGGGGUAUUUAUUUAUUUUUCUGGCAUGGUUUGGCUCCACCCAUCUCCUUACAUGAAACUGUCACUGCAAAAAAGUACUUCUUCCAGAAACCCUUUAUCUUAUGAUGAAACAUUUCUAUCCUGAUGGGCGUGAUCUGUUCCAUGAUAACUCCGCCCCAUCCACACAGCACCUGUUUCUAGAUUUGAUUACUUGUAAUAUAAUCUUUUAAACUUUCAAAACACUUUCCUGUCAUAAACACCUUACUGAAAAGAAAUGUUUUCUGUAAUAAUCAUCUCACAGUGAGACAAUUUGCAUUAAAACUGUUUUUAAGAUGAGGAAAUGUCACACUGGUUCCAAGGAGGAUCUCAGCAAAGCUUUAUUCUUGUCAAUGUUCUUCUGUUUGCUUUCCAAAGCACA